CAUGGGAUCGAUCCCAAAGUUUUGAGAGGAGAGAGAGAGGCCAUAAUAUAAUAAACCUGUUAUAAAAAAGUUUGUGUGUUACGGGAUUAACUUUUGUUAUAUUAUUAAUAUUUUGACAAAUUACAAUUUCAUUAAAAAAUAAAAUUAUAAUAAUAGUAUAAUCUUUUUAGUCUUAUAUCUCUUUAUAUAUGAUUUUACAAUAUGAUUAACAGCCUUUUCAUUAUAAAUUUAUCUGGAGAUGUUUUUAUGGAGAAGCAUUGGAAGAGUGCUGUUGCACGCUCAUUAUGUGACUAUUUUUUUGAUCAACAACGUAGAGUCUUAACACCAGAAGAUACACCACCUGUAAUUGCAACUCCUCAUCAUUAUUUGAUUAGUAUUUAUCGGUGCAAUAUGUUUUUUGUAGCUGUAUGUAUGACUGAAGUGCCUCCAUUGUUUGUAAUUGAAUUUCUGCACAGAGUGGUAGAUACCUUUGAAGAUUAUUUUAAUGAGUGCACAGAAACGAUAAUUAAAGAAAAUAAUGUCGUUGUUUAUGAAUUAUUGGAUGAAAUGUUAGACAAUGGUUUUCCUUUAGCUACAGAGUCUAAUAUUUUAAAAGAACUGAUUAAACCACCAAACAUUUUACGAACAAUUGCAAAUACAGUGACAGGAAAAUCAAACGUAAGCGCUAUCUUACCAAGUGGACAAUUGUCUAAUGUGCCAUGGCGAAGGACUGGAGUUAAAUACACAAAUAAUGAAGCAUACUUUGAUGUUGUAGAAGAAGUUGACGCUAUAAUUGACAGGAAUGGUGCAACAGUCUUUGCAGAAAUACAAGGCUAUAUUGAUUGUUGCAUUAAACUUAGUGGAAUGCCAGAUUUGACCUUAUCAUUUGUUAAUCCAAGGUUAUUUGAUGAUGUGAGCUUCCAUCCGUGUGUUCGUUUUAAAAGAUGGGAGUCUGAAAGGAUUUUGUCAUUUGUCCCACCUGACGGAAAUUUUCGACUCUUAUCAUAUCAUAUAGGAUCACAAAGUAUUGUUGCGAUACCUAUUUAUGUGAAACAUAAUAUUAAUCUCAAAGAGUCUGGAGGUGGAAGAUUGGAUAUAACAGUUGGACCAAAACAAACUGUAGGAAGAAUUGUUGAAAAUGUGAGUCUUGAAAUUCCUAUGCCAAAGAUUGUUUUAAAUUGUAGCCUGGUACCAAACCAAGGAAAAUAUUCUUUUGAUCCUGUUAGUAAAAUACUAUUUUGGGAUAUUGGUAGGAUAGAUGUGUCUAAAUUACCAAAUCUUAGAGGAUCGAUUACUAUUCAAAAUUCAUCUUCAAAUGCAGAAUCUAAUCCUGCUAUUAAUGUACAUUUUACUAUCAAUCAAUUAACUGUUUCUGGACUAAAAGUAAACAGAUUAGAUAUGUAUGGAGAAAAGUACAAACCAUUUAAAGGGGUAAAAUAUAUUACAAAAGCUGGAAGAUUUCAAAUUCGAAUGUAAGAUUAAAAAUAAUGUUUACACUUUACGUCUUAAUAUUGUCAAUAAUGAAAUAAAAAAAUGUUAUAUUAUUAA